AUGGAUGAGGUGCCUUUGAACGGGGUCGACGCAGGUGCAUUCCAACUCGGUGACCCCUCUCAAGAAAACCACACUGGUCAAGGAUUUGUAUCUGCGCCUGUGCAAGAUAAGACCAUUGAUCAGUUACACCAGUUGGUCAACCAGAAUGAGGUUGGACAAGUGUCGACCGAUUUGGUUCCCGUAGAGCAGCAUGGCUACCAGCCUACUGACCCUACCUAUGACUUCUCGCAGGAUCUUGGUCUCUGGGAUACUAACUUCCAGGUCCCAUCUCAGUUCUUAGACACCACUCCCGGCUUCUCCGCGUUUCCGGGUGGCAACGCGUUCAUGCAGGACAUGUCGCAGUAUCCUGUUGCUGCCCAGCCUUCACAGACGUAUCCUGACCCAUUCACUUCGAUAUACCCUGUUCAGCCGUACUACCAACCAACACAACAGCCGUAUCCGCAACAGCACACUGGAUACGUGGCGAUGCCUACCGAACAGUAUAAUGGAUCACACCAAUUCAACAAGACCUUCCCCUCAAGCUCUCGCCAAUCCAGUCGGCCCGCACCACAAUUACCCAAACGUAAACGUACGCAGUCUGGCUUCGGAUCUGAUGAUGACGCUUAUGUCGCCAAGCAACCUCCCAGGCAGCUUACACAUCGAACCCGAUCAUCAGUAGAUACCCGUCACGAUUCUAACGUUUCCUGCGCGAGCUCAGUCAGCAAACCGGUCAAAGUAGCUGUCGUGCGAGCUGGGGAAAAGCCAAAGAAGUGUGACGACAAGCCCUGGGUUCGCGUUAACAACACAACUAGGGGCGAGACUACGCGUACCGCUCGUAUCAAUCAACACGCAGAAGAAGGCCGCAAGUACAAGACCAAGCCUCUUCCUCACGGCAACUGGUCAUCAUCAUCCGGUUUCAAGUUUGAGUACAGUCAAAACAACGGCAUGCACGAGUUCAAGAAGCGUACCAUGACUGCCCGCGAGAUUCAUGAGUACAUUACCCAGUAUCCCGGCGAUAAUCUGCGCAUCUGGAUCCAGCCUGUAGCUUCAGACUCCGCCCGCCGCUAUGCUUCUGCAUCCCACAGCCACUGUCGCUUUGACGCUUGCCCAAUGCGUGUGUACACCGGCAAAGGCACAGCUGAAGUCGGCAACUACCGCGUCGCAUUCGAUGAAAAGCACCGAACCUAUGGUACUGGUGUUGUUGAUCCAUAUGACUGCGUGGGCUUUGCUCAUCUAUACUGUAUGGAGCGCUUCCUAGACUUUGCCUACAUCUGCCAGGUAGCUAACGUCAAGGUUGAUCAGCGUGUAGGCAUGGAGAAAGAGCCAAAAGGUCACUUCGCAUCCGCGUUCGGCUCGAAACAUCAUUACGAAGCGGCGUUAGCUAGCAAGUUCAUUGAAGCUGCUAGCAAAGGCCGAUUAGGUGAUACUCACGAGUUCUCUGACUACCCCGUCCAUGAACACUACAAGGGCGGUCAUCCUAAGCCUCACGAACGUACGCUCAUCUACGCGCUCUACGGCAUGAACAUGAAGCACCGCGCAAAGUCACAGAUGAAACAGUUCAUCCUUCAACGCAAGAUCCGCCCCGGUUCUUUCCCCGUUCACCGCGGUGACAUGGAAGUCAAGCUCGUCGACAAGAAGAUCGAGAAAAUGGAUGUCUAUAUAGACUAUAAGCGAGAAGGAUCAAAGAAGGAGUUCGACUACUCAGCCUAUUACGAUAUCCUUCAUCCGGAGAUCAACCAGCGCAUCGCUGAAAUGGAGAAGAAGCGAGAUGAAUUCAUCAAAGAAGACGAAGCGGGUAUCGGUGGUAAGCGCAAAACACCACGUCGGACCAUCACUUUCGCAGAUUCAGAUGAUGAAAGACAGACGCCUUCGCGGAAGCGUUCGCGGUCUAAGAAGCAGGAAGCUAACGAUAGCGACUCAUCUGAUGACGAGCGUCCAGCACUCAAACGCACGUCUACGGCACAGUCCACAGGACGUAUAACCGCCCUCUCCGACUCCGAGGACUCAGACUCCUUCGAAAAGAUUAUCAACGGUACCAAACCCCGUCAAGGUUCCCGCGCCGGUCUCCGCAAAAAACAGCGCAUCAACUACUCCGAGCCCGCCGACCUCCCUGUCCAAUCCGCCGCUCCUCCCCCGUCUAGCGAUUUCAUGGCCAACUACGCUCCCGCUGUCCCCUUCGACGACCGCAAACAGAGCCUCAGCGCUUUCUUUCCAGCCAACAACGAUCCGUCUUGGUCUAAUCUAGAUCUCGAUGAGUUUUCGAUCGAGGGCAUGGAUGAUGUGUGUAUGGAUGAGGAGGCUGUUGAUGCGCUUAUUGGUAAUAAUGCGAAGUAUCGGAGGCAGAGUUCGACGUUUGAAAGUGGGCCGUGGGCGUCUGGGAGGACUGCGAGUUUUAAUGCACAACCUGUGUCUGGGAGUAGGGAGUUUAGGAGGAAGGAUCCGCCGAGUUGUGUUGCGGAUGUGGAGGAGGGUGAGCAGCAGGUGACGAGGAGGAGUAAGAGGUUGGCUGGUAAGGGUACGCCGGCUUCAUCUGUUACUGGAUAG